CACAACUCGCACCUUCUUCCUCCGCGGGAGGCUGACGUUACCCCCGCCCCGCACACGGAUCAAACCCCGAGAGGAGAGAGCUCGCAUCCGAUUCCCCGGCGCGUUUCCAUCACACGAGAGCUACAACCUAAGAUUAACAGCGGGAUAGCCUUCCGAUCCGAAGGCCGGAGGGAGGCACUCGCGGACUCGCGGAGGGAGGCGACUCCCCCUGCAUCGGCAAGCGGCCAUGUCGCACGAGCGGGGCGGCGCGGCGUCCUCCUUCGCCGUCCCCGCCUCCGAGGAGGACGCGCUGUUUAUUGAUUUACUACAUGAAGCCCCCCUAUCUGGUCAUCGAGAGCCUAGAAGCAUAGUUAGUGGUACUUUGUACUGUAUCGUGUUGGCAGGUUAUGCUGCUGUUACUGUGUCGGCUCCAUGGAUAUUUCUUCUUGUACCAGACAUGGUCCCUCCGUUGCUGUGCAGCUCCAAUGUUAUCCUUCUGCUUCUUACAGGCAUUUUUGAGCAAUAUUGGGUUCACCAAGUCAGGAAAGUGAGGUUGCAGGGCUAUUACGAUUUUAGCCAGAAACUGAAGCGCAUUGCUCGACUCCCAUUUGCCACUAUUGCAUAUGGCACUGGUUUAAUGCUCUUGAUCAUAGUCUGGCAGCCUCUCGUACAGAUACUAUCAGUUUCACUGUUGCUAAGGAUUGCUAUUGUGGUUGAAGCAAUAUGUGCUGGAUUGUUUAUGGGCUUAUACAUAUGGUAUAUCCACAAAUACAACUCUUUGAAUGGGCAGCCUGAUAUCUUGCGGUCAUUAUAUUCUGCGCUUCAACCAUCUAAUACUUUGGAAGAUCGAAGAUAUUAUGAUGGACGUCUUUCUGAUCAGCAGAUGGCAUUACUUCAAUACCAACGGGAGAAUAUACAUUACCUGAGUGAGGAGGUGUUGCGCUUGCAAGAAUGCUUAAGCAAAUACCAGAGAACUGAUGUUGGGAACACUCCUCAGGUUGAUCUUGCCCAUCUUUUGGCAUCCCGUGACCAAGAACUUCGAGCACUCUCAGCCGAGAUGAAUCAAGUGCAUUCAGAGCUUCACCUUGCUCGUGGUCUGAUCGAUGAAAAGGACUCAGAGAUCCAACGUAUUCGUGUGAGCAACAAUCAGUAUGUUGAAGAAAAUGAUAGACUCAGAGCUAUUCUUGGAGAAUGGAGUGCUCGAGCAGCAAAGCUUGAACGGGCACUGGAGGCGGAGCGAAUGUCAAACAUCGAACUGCGGAAGAACAUUGCAAAAUUUCGGGGCCAAUUGCACAAGGAGCAACGUGCCUGAUUACCCUGUUCUGGGAAUAUAUUCAGCUAGUGGCGUGCUUUAGCUGGCUUAAUGAAUCUUCAACUGCUAAGGGUCAUCUCAUGUGAAAUCUUAGAAUUCCCUAACUCAGACAGUCAGUAGUUCAGCACAUUACCCGACAUCAGUGAGGAAAAUGGAAAAUGUGAGCGGCACCUCUUGUGAAUUCUUAGUUUGAUGUAUAAAUCUGAAAGGUUUGGUUAAUGGAGUAUGUGAGAUUUAGCUUAGAUUUUGGCAUGUUAGCAUGUAAAGAGUUGCGCAUUAUUUUCUGACAAAUUGCAAGAUGAAAUAUGAAUCGAUGCAUCUAUGCAAAAAGAAUCAUCUAGAUCAUUCGUUGAA